AUGUCUAUUUUAAAGAAUCAUUAUUUUACGGUGGAUUCUCUUAUGGAGGAGGUACAUCAAAAAUGUGAAAAUUUGUUGUUGUACUGUGCAUAUAACAGAAAAGUUAAAAACUGUGGUGACAUUUUUGAACUAAUAAAGACAUACGAAGGCUACUGCUGCGCGUUUAACUACGCUGCCCUGAAUGAUGAUGGCGAUAUUUCUAAAUUUACAAAAGAUGAAGAUAUAGAAUAUUAUGAAGACCCAAGUGGAGAAGCCGUGCAACCAAACGAACGUAUUAUAGUAACAUCUGAGUCAGGCAGAGGAUCUGGUCUUAGCGUAAUAUUCAAUGUAGAACCUGAAGAUUAUCCAGUUUGGUCUUCAACGCCAUAUUUUGGUGCAAAGAUUUUACUCAGUGAUCCAAACGACUACCCAGAGAUAACAGUUCUAUAUAAAUUAAUAAGUUUAAGGGAGUCGAUAGAUAUAAAAGUGGAGCCAAUGUUAUUUCAAUGCGAAAAUGAUAUUCGAUAUGUUGCUCCGGAGAAACGGGGUUGUUGGUUUCACAAUGAGGCGUUUCUCGAGCAUACCGACAGAUAUAGUUACGAAACCUGUAAAACAGAAUGCAAAAUGCAAAGAUUUCUAGAGAGCUGCGGGUGCAUACCGUAUAAGUAUCCAAGAGAAAAAACAACGCCCGUUUGUGAAUUUAAAAAUUUACAAUGUUUACAGAAUACGACUGCCUACAGAUUUGAAAGACAAAGGCCGUGUAUUCCCGUUUGUUACAUGGAGUGCCGAGACAAAAGAUAUAGUAUCACCAGUGAUCUCACGCCGUUUGUUCCAGAACUUUUUUCGUCGAAUAUUACAAAUGGCCGCAAUAUCAGUGAACUAUCAGCCUUACAAGUUUAUUUCGCGAAAUCCUCUUGCAAUACUUACAAUCUGAUGCUCUUAAUGGACUUCAACCAUUUUAUUGCAACGUAUGGAGGUAUAUUUACGCUAAGUUUCGGCGCAUCGAUAUUGACAUUGUGCGAAUUGGUAUAUUUAUUUGUAUCGUUCUUACUAAGCAAAUUUCGAUAA